AUGAUGGGUAUGUCACUAAUUAAGGAGCUAGCGAUCCACCAUCUUCUCUUUCUGCCCCUGCCCUCCGCCCUCUCCUCUGCCCCUCCCCUAUGCCCCUUCCCUUUGCCCCUCCCUUUUGCCCUUCCCACAUGCCCCUUCUCUUUUCCCCUUCCCCCUGCCCCCCCCCCUGCCCUCCCCUUGCCCCCUCCCCUUGCCCCUUCCCCUUGUCCCUUUCCCUUUGCCCCGCCGCCCUGCCCCUCAACAUGCUCCCCUCCCCCCUGCACCUUCCCCCUUCCCCCCACCUACCUUUCUUCUUCCUCUGACCCUCCUCCUUGCUCCGCCCCCUUGCCUCUCAACCUGCGCCCCUUCCCCCUGCUCCUUUCCCUCCCUGAAUACCCUGGCGCUGUGAAACUCGUUACCGGGUCAUUCUUCGUGCCACGAACACUCUUGUCACUGAACGCGAGCGGAAACUACAACCUGCUGGUCGAGGCGAUGCUGGUGGACGCGGCGGGCGGUCCACCCGACUCGCUGGCGAUCGUGAAGGGCGCCGUGUGCGACGCCGCCGCGACGGACGUGCUCGCGCUGCCGCUCGCCGCGGCGGACUGGCAGCAGCGCGCGGGGUGGUGGCUGCUGCACGCGGAGGCGCGCCUCGACGCGUUCCUCGAGAACGCGGACGCCGCCACCCUCGACGCGCUGCUCGCCGGCGGGAGGCGCAUGGGGCGGGAGCUGCUGAUGCGCGCAUUCGGGCUCGCUGCCAGGCAGGGGGGACAGAAGCAGGGGGGGCAGCAGCAGGGGGGGCAGCAGCAGAAGGGGGGAGCGCAGCAGGCGCCUGCAGUGAGCGGGUAUGCUGUGCUGGCGGGCAGCAGCGCAGCAGGUGUGACGUAG